CUGUAUAGUAUUCCUACAUUGGAACGAUUUGGCUAUGGAGGCACCUGAAUUCUCACACACAUACACCCAGCCAACCGAGGAGACGUCGGAGAAGCUAUUCCAGAAGCGGCGUUGCUGUUUUUGCUUUCCGUCGUCGUCUGGAAGCGGCGGCUUGAAAUGGUGGCGUAAGGAACAGACUGAACAAGUGAAAGAAGGUUCUGUUUGGGCUAAAGGGAUUAACGCUUUAAUGAAGCUACGAGAGUGGUCGGAGAUUGUAGCGGGACCGAGAUGGAAAACUUUUAUCCGGCGUUUCAAUCGGAACAAAAAUGGUGCGCAUGGGAAAUUCCAGUACGAUCCUCUCAGUUAUGCGUUAAACUUCGACGAAGGUAAUAAUAACGGAGAGGAGGAUGAGUACGGGCUCCGGGAUUUCUCGACGCGCUACGCUUCAAUUCCGGCGUCGGCUAGAGGGUCCUUGGAUUUGGGCAGGGAUGGAACUAACUUCGUCUGAUUGGCCCUUUGAAUGCUGCAAAAUCCCAAUAGCACACAACGAGUUCAGUGGUGGAGAAUGGAGAUGAAUCCUCAGAGCCUACAGCUCAUCAUGACUGGUUAUUUUUCAUUCUUCGUAAUGUGUAAUCAAUUGAUAUACUAGUACAGUAUAUUUUAGUAUUAGUUUAUACAAUACAUUUCAAUUGGCUAAUGAGUUGGUCAAUUUGUGCAUAAAUAAAGAAAUUGAACGAUGAAAGGAUGAUUAAUUGGAGGAACAA